AUGGCACAGCCACCGAAACAGAGCAAGCUUGCAGUGGAGGACGAUGAAUUCGAAGAAUUUGACUAUGAGGAUUGGACAGAGCAGCAGGAGGAUCCCAAGAAUGCCGGGCUAUGGGAACGGGACUGGGACGAUGACAGCCUUAGCGACAAAUUCAGCAAAUCUUUGAGAGAGCAGCUUGCAAAACCUGUCAAGCCAAACUCUUGA